CCUCAACCGCGUCUACUCUCGUGUUAUCUCGAUCAUGCGUUGCUGCUCAUUCUUCCAUUCUAUCUAGACGAUAGCCGGAACGAUCCUCCCGCAGCUAUCACCGCCACCGUCUGUACUACUCUCCCGUCACAGUCACAGCCACCAUCCCCGAUAUCCCACCUGAAUCACCGCCAGUCAUUGCGUGAGACUCACCAUGGUGUAUGCGGUCUGAGGCGUACACGUGUAAGAGUGGUUUCCCGUUCGUGAAGAUGACGUCGUCCACCAACCCCUCAACUCUAUCGCACAGCCUGGCCAUUCCAUUUGCGAGCCGGCUCAGCGAACAACUGUCGCAGCGGACCGAGCAAACCGGUUCAGGCACCGACCCCGACCAGCCCGGAGACAAGACUGCGGCGACACUUGGGCCUCCAUUGCGUCCCUCACCGAACACCCGUUCCUUGAGCGACGCGGCAAAACCAGUUUCCGCGCUGCCGAUCCAGCACGACGAUACCCGACCUCCCAGCAAAGAUGAUUCCUCCCUCUCGUCGACGCCCGCCACCCCCGCGACGCCCCAGCGGCCCUCCAUGCCCGGCCUCUCGUUACACCUCCCUUCCAGAGCUUCUGGACCGUUGUCCGUCUCCAAUCGUGCCCCGCUCUCACCGAAACUUGACUCCUCUCACAUCUACGGCUCUCCGGGUUCCGUCCUGCCCCGUCGGUCGCGGGGUCUGGACUUUUCGCGGGCCUGCACCAAUCUUCAUCAUUCGACCCUUGCUGAAGCGUCCCCGGACUCGUCCCCGACGAUUGGUGGCCGAGGUGUCAAUAUCCCGCAGCGGCGUGGUUCGCCCGGCUCGACCUCCGGGCUUCAGUUCUCCACUUCCAACCCGGCCGAUCGGGCUACGAUCUCGAGCUCGGUGUCUAGUGUCAAUAUGAUGGAAUCGGACACGAGCAGUAGUGAAGAGGAUGAUGAGCCCAUGGUCGGCGAUCGGGAUGACAUGAUGAUUACGAAUACGCCCCAGGCCAAGCGGUUGGGAGGCGGGAUGAGUCCUUUUGCGGUCGGGAAUGUGUCGAGUCCGGGGAACGAGUGGAUGGGCGGCUACUCGCAGGCCGCGGCGAGUCUGAUGAGCUUCCAGCGGGCCCGGUUCCGCAAGGGACGCAGCCGACACAGUUCCAGCAGUGCCAGUGGCAGUUCCAAACAAAGUCCGGGGCCGCUGUCCCCGCCUGUGAUGAAGAGCAUCGAGGGCCAGAACGGAUACUUUGGCACUGGGCCCCGACGGGGAAGUCUGAGUCUGGGCACGCGGGACUUGCGGCUGUCGGAUGUCAGCGAUGAGGGAGAGAACCGCGCUGCGCGUGGACAGAGCCCGAGUACAUCGAACUCCGAGGGCGGGCCUCUAGGGGUGAUCCGACGGGCUGUCACCCGCCGGGGGAGUCUACUACCUAAAACGAAGACAUUUGCGCGUAUUCGGGCCGCGCUGAUGGAGGAGUCUGCCCCCAUUGAUAGUGAAGCGAAGCGGGAAGCCGAGGUGAUUCGACAGGUGAAAGAGAGCGAGCCUGAGGUCCAGGCGAAAUCGCCUUCGGGUGGGCUGUCAUCCCUCGAUACCACCCCCGUUGGUCCCGGACAUACUCCGGAGGAUGUACCUGGAAAAGGUGGAACCACCACGCCGGACGAACCAAAAUUCAUCGACCAGGCGAAUAGAAACUCGGGCGGCGUCGAGUUCUGGAACUCGUUUGACGAGCGCUACCGCACGCCGCCCCCGCCCCAACGUCGACACGGGGCUUCCUCGGUCUCGGAGGAUGACCUGGCGAUGGACCUGACCCCGUCUACCACGGUGGGAUCUCACACCGAGUUUGCCAAACCGAGCGAGCGGCCCAGCUCGCGGAGUGACGCGCAGGGCGCCCAUUCGGGAUUUCUGGGCGACUUCAAGCGGAAGCGUCGACGGGAUGAUGAUUUUGACCCGAACCUGUUCAAACGACGGGCAGUGUCUCCCAGCAUGAGUGCGCAGAGCAGUCCCAUCAUGCCGAACUCUCCGGUUGUCAAGGACACCAGCCCGAGCAUCUGGGGAGCGCCGCGAUCGAACCUGGGCUCACUCUUCCCGGAUCGGCCGGGGACAGACAAUGGCCCGCGAAAUGGCAACAACCAUACCGGGACCCUCAAGCGGGUUGGGUUGCAAGGAAUGACCGAGACCAACGAUGGGUUUAUGAACAUGAGCAUCGAGUAGCUGGCUGCCGGCUUAUUGUAGACAUGGACCGUCUGUUAGCGAGUUGGAGUUGGGUGCAUUUCGGGUGGUUACUUGGGAUAGUCCGUAAUAUAAUGUAAUCCUAUACCUUAUC